GGAAGGCACCGGGAGAACCCGGAUGGAGCCCCGGCGCGGCUGGAGCGGAGGGCGCUGCGGCUGCUUCUGCUUCCCGGCGGUCCGCAGGUUCCUGCUCCGGGGUUAGACCCCAGGAACCGCCGCCUAGACCAGUUCCAGCGCCUGGAGGCAGGGCCCCAGCCUGAGCGGAGAGCGAACCGGAGCCUGAAGCGGGCGCCCAAAGGAAGCCCGAGCAUCCCUGGGGCCUGCGGCUCCGGCUCGGAGUCGGCGGGCGGAGACGGAGCGGAGUCUUCUUCCCGCGCCGCCGGCGGCCUCAGCUCGCCCGGGCCGCCUUCUAAACGCUCCGUCCUUAAUCAUACACCAACAGGCCCUACCCGUUACGAGCUGGUGUUCUUACAUGCAUGCUCACAGUUAAACCUCCCAACAACCCUGUAAGCAAAAAUCUACGACAUCUCUGGGAAACUGCCUGAGAAUUUUGGGGUGCCAUGUCGAAGAAGCGCAAAUGGGAUGAUGACUAUGUUCGUUACUGGUUCACCUGUACGACGGAAGCCGAUGGAACUCCGCGCCCACAGUGUGUAUUGUGUAACUCCGUAUUUUCAAAUGCUGACCUCCGACCAUCAAAACUGUCAGACCAUUUUAACCGACAGCAUGGUGGCGUAGGUGGGCACGAUCUCAACAGCCUGAAACAUAUGCCAGCGCCGUCUGAUCAGAGUGAAACCUUGAAAGCAUUUGGAGUCGCAUCUCAGGAGGACGCCUUAUUACAAGCAUCCUAUCAGUUUGCGUAUUUAUGUGCCAAGGAGAAGAAUCCGCAUACAAUAGCUGAAAAGUUAGUGAAACCUUGUGCACUGGAGAUAGCACAAAUAGUUUUGGGACCAGAUGCACAAAAGAAGCUUCAGCAGGUACCCUUAUCAGAUGAUGUGAUCCAUUCUAGAAUUGACGAAAUGAGCCAGGAUAUCUUACAGCAAGUCCUAGAAGAUAUCAAAGCCAGUCCUCUUAAGGUGGGGAUUCAGCUUGCUGAGACAACGGACAUGGAGGACUGCAGUCAGCUAAUGGCAUUUGUGCGAUACAUAAAAGAAAGAGAGAUUGUAGAAGAAUUCCUGUUCUGUGAACCACUGCAGUUAACAGUGAAAGGAAAAGACGUGUUCUAUCUAUUCAGAGACUUCUUUUUGAAGCAUAAGAUAGCGCUCGACGUAUGUGGCUCUGUUUGUACUGAUGGCGCCUCUUCUAUGCUAGGAGAAAAUUCAGAAUUUGUUGCCUGUGUGAAAAAAGAAGUCCCGCAUGUCGUGAUCACACAUUGCUUGUUGAACCCUCAUGAGCUUGUCACGAAGACACUGCCUACAAAGCUGACAGAUGCUCUUUCUACUGUGGUGAGGGUGAUCAAUUUUAUCAAAGGCCGAGCUCCGAAUCACCGCCUGUUCCAGGCUUUUUUUGAAGAAAUUGGAAUAGAGUAUAGUGUUCUCCUUUUCCAUACUGAAAUGAGGUGGCUUUCCCGAGGCCAGAUACUUACUCAUAUUUUUGAGAUGUAUGAAGAAAUCAAUCAGUUUCUUCACCACCAAAGCAGCAAUUUAGUUGAUGGCUUUGAAAAUAAAGAGUUUAAAAUCCACCUAGCGUACCUAGCAGAUUUAUUCAAACACCUAAAUGAACUUAGUGCGUCUAUGCAGAGGACUGGGAUGAACACAGUAUCAGCUCGGGAGAAGUUAUCUGCUUUUGUUAGGAAGUUUCCAUUUUGGCUAAAGCGAAUUGAGAAAAGAAAUUUUACCAACUUCCCUUUUCUUGAAGAAAUCAUCGUCUCAGACGGUGAAGCGUUACACAUUGCAGCAGAAAUAGCCCUGCACCUCCAGCAGUUGAGCAGCUUCUUCCACGGAUAUUUUUCCGUUGGAGAUCUUGAUGAGGCAAGCAAGUGGAUACUGGAUCCAUUUCUUUUUAAUCUGGAUUUUGUCGAUGAUGGUUAUUUAAUGAAAAAUGAUCUUGCUGAGUUACGAGCUAGUGGCCAGAUCCUAAUGGAGUUUGAGACAAUGAAACUUGAGGAUUUCUGGUGUGCUCAGUUCACGGUGUUUCCAAGCCUGGCAAAGACAGCUCUAGAAAUCCUUAUACCCUUUGCAACUACAUAUCUUUGUGAGUUGGGAUUCUCAUCACUUCUACAUUUUAAAACUAAGUCUAGAAGCUGCUUGAAUGUGAGUGAUGACAUCCGUGUGGCUAUUUCAAAAAAGGUUCCUCGCUUCUCAGACAUCAUUGAGCAAAAACUACAGCUACAGCAGAAGUCAUUGUAAGCGGAUAGACUUUUUAAAUGUAUAAUUUUUAAUAUAUUCAUAAUUCCGUUUUAAAAUUAAGCUGUAAUUCUUUCUCUUUCCUUUUAUAUUUAUGAUAUACCGAAUUCUAUGUUUUAAAAAUUCAGCAUCUUUAACUUUUAAUUUUCACAUGAGACAUGUGAAAAUAUGUUUUGAGAAUAAGAACACAAGCAGUGGAAAAGAUUAAGUACCACUGCCUGGCUGAUACAUAGGAUUCUUCUAAGUGUCUGUUUAACCCGUUGAUGUGAUACAUAAAAAGACACCCAAGCACUAGAAAAUCCACACUAUGUGGUACAGUAGGCUGCUUACAAAUAGAGCCAAGAGAAAAAGAGAAGACUUCCCAGAAUAUGCAUCUUUACAUUAAGAGUAAAAGUCAAAGGAUGAAAUGACAGACUGAGCCCUCUAGUCUCCUGGAGGGUGGUUUGGGGAGGUUAAUGAAAUAAGAAGCGGACUAUGAAGUAUUGUAGUGAGAGAAGGGAUGAUUCAAGUUUAUAUAAGAUUUAUUUUUAAAUGUAUUCUUUGGAGUUAGUCUCACAGUGUCCAUUCCUCUAGCUCCCGUGCUCUAAAUUCCGUGACACUAAUAAACAUCUUAAUAUCCUGGUA